GUCUGUCGAGGCUGAAACUCGCUAGCUGCACUGAAAACGCUCCCGCAAAUACGAUUCAACACCUCGCACCCACAAAAGGUUGAAUGCCACCUGAGAUGUACAGUCACAUUGUAUUUAUAUUCCACCGGCCUGGCAGUGGUAUGGACUGUCAAACCAGACGCUUGAGAGGUGUACCGCAUCUCAAUGACGCCCGCUAGCCAGACUGUCUGGCUUCGUCGGAGGCAUUUCUUCGAAGUCAAUGAUCAACCAUGGUUCCCACAAACCCUCCGAGAAAAAGUGCAAGACUACUUGACCCUUGGUUGGGUCAAUAGGCUUCCCCUCAUCCAGUCCACCUCCCCGGCGGCGCUCGUCUCUCGUGUGCUAUCCACGGUCCUUGGUCCUCGACUGUCCCAGUAUGCCUACGUCGACUUCGCGUCGGGCGCCGGUGGACCGACACCAUACAUCGAGAAUCACUUGAACAGCGAGCUUCGCGCUACAGGAAAGGAAGAAGUGAAAUUUGUCCUCACCGACAUCAGCCCGCACGUCAGCGCUUGGGAGGUAGCUGCAAGGAAGAGCAAGAACAUCAGCUACAUCCCGCAGAGUGUGGAUGCCACGAAUGCCCCAACCCAGGAGACCCUGCUCAAGGAUGUUCCUGACGCAAAGGGAAAGAAGGUCAUGCGCCUGUUCAGUCUGGCCUUCCACCACUUUGACGAUGACCUUGCGGCGAAAGUGCUCACAAACACCAUCGAGACGUCGGAUGGCUUCUGCAUUUUUGAGCUCCAGUCUCGACAUCUCAGCUCCUUCAUCCUCGUCAGUCUACUCUGGCCGCUAGCCAUGCUCAUCACGCCAAUCUAUUUCCUCCGCUCGCCGGGACAUUUGUUCUUCACCUACCUCGUUCCCAUUGUGCCCUUUAUAUGGGUUUGGGAUGGCUACAUUUCGUGUCUGAGGACCAGAACGCCUGAGGAAGUCGAAGCUCUCCUCCACCGGCAUGUGCCGAGUGAGAAGCUGGCAAAUUGGAAGUUCAAGAGUGGUCAAGCGUGCCAUACCUGGCCUAUUGGCUAUCUCAACUGGGUUAUUUGCUACAAGGAAGGUUGAAAGACAAUGUCACAAUGUUCUGCUGGCAAGGAGGUUGGUGAACCUGCACAUUACUAUGUAACUCCAUGCUGUCAUCGAACCCAUGGCAAAUGAGAAAAUCCAAAGCAUGGGAAUGAGCAAUCGAUCCCCGGCAAUUACCCUUCCUUGUACUCAAGAUCCUGCAACAAGUCCACCACUCCUGUCAGCUAUUCACAGCGCCCUCUCUCAUCUCAGGUUGUUAUCAUGGGUGUUGAUUGUGCUAUAGCUCCGCGUUGUUGGGACCAUCCACUCCUAGACCGUAGUGGCUUUGGGCUGCCACGCGUCGGUGAAUGGUCGAUCACCGAUCAAAGGUCUGGACCGCCAGUUGCGCGACGAUCACUGUUGAGGAACGCGGAAACGCACUGAAGAAUGAAAUCGAACCUGUAAUGGAUAUGCGUGAAACUCCCUUCGGCAAGAAUACAUACCUAGUAGGCUGUUGACCUUGGAUAGAUGAACGAGUACGCUCUGGACGGUGC